CACUGUAGAAGUCAAAGCAAACACGAUACGCUGCAAAAUCUCCCAGACAGAGCCAACGGAAAAUUUCCUGUCUACAUCUUCUUCUUCACCACCGGCGACCAUUACUCCUCUCCCCCUCCAUUUAAGAACCCUAAUUAAAGACCCUACAAGAUUCCUUUAUAUGCAAGAAUUCCAUUCUGCCUCCACUUGCCCAUGAUUUUGAUAUCAUAGCAGCCCCAAUUUACUCAGCAUCAUUAAAAUUGGUCCCCUUCUGGUACAGCUCCACAAGCACCACAUUCUUCCACUUGUACCUUAUUUAUUUUGUCAGAAGGGCGGGGAGGGGAUAGAAUAGAUUAUCAGUAAUGGCCCUGUUUCAGCAUUGUCAUCUUUCUGUAGCUUCACUUCAGUCUUCCGUGUCAGCCCAGAAAAAUGCUCCAAUAAAGUAUGAGCUCAAAAAUUCAAUCUUUUUCAAUAGCCCUUUUGGGGAAACAAUCAAAAGAAGGUCCGCAAAUGCUCUCCCGGCUGUCACUGGUUCUAAUCAGCUCUCAUCAUCCAUUUCUUCUUUUAGUCAGUUGAUUGAGACUUUGAUAAGUGGGGUGGACUUAUCAGAAUCUGAAGCUGAGGAAUCCCUUGACUUCUUGUUGGAUGGUGCUGACGAGGCAUUGCUCAGUGCUUUUCUUGUUUUGUUGAGGGCCAAAGGAGAAACUUAUGAAGAAGUGGUAGGAUUAGCAAGGGCAAUGAUAAAGCAUUGUCGGAAAGUAGAAGGAUUAGAUGAUGCCGUAGAUAUUGUUGGGACAGGUGGUGAUGGUGCCAAUACAGUGAAUAUCUCAACUGGUGCUUCUAUUCUUGCUGCUGCUUGUGGCGUGAAAGUUGCAAAACAAGGGAAUAGGUCAAGCUCUUCAGCUUGUGGAAGUGCUGAUGUCCUUGAAGAAUUGGGAAUUGCAAUUGAAUUGGACCCUGAAGGUGUGAAAAGGUGUGUAAAUGAAGCAGGAAUUGGUUUCAUGAUGUCUCCAAUCUACCAUCCAGCCAUGAAGAUUGUUAGGCCGAUUAGAAAGAAGCUAAAAGUUAAGACUGUUUUUAACAUCCUGGGGCCCAUGCUGAAUCCAGCAAGAGUACCUUAUGCUGUCGUGGGUGUAUAUGCAGAAGAUUUGGUCCACAAAAUGGCAAACGCACUUCAGAGAUUUGGCAUGAAAAGAGCACUGGUUGUUCACUCUGAGGGCCUGGAUGAGAUGAGUCCCUUAGGUAAAACUCCAACUUUAUCUUGUCAAUUCUCGUUUGAUCCUUUGGACUUUGGGAUUCCGCGUUGCACUUUGGAUGCCUUGCGAGGUGGAGAACCAGAGUACAAUGCAGAAGUGCUGAGACGUGUGCUAUCUGGUGAGCAAGGGGCCAUUGCUGAUGCAUUUGUGCUAAAUGCAGCAGCAGCCAUCUUGGUUAGCGGACACGUUAAAGAUCUGUCUGAAGGAGUGACCUUGGCUCGGCAAACAUUGUUAUCUGGGAAAGCAUUAAAAACCCUUCAUUCAUGGAAAGAAGUCUCAAAUAAGGCGAAAGAAGAAGCACAGAGUACUCUGACAUCUGCAGUAAGAGAGAAGUCCUCGUGGCUUCCAGCAGACAAAAAUAGCAAAUAAAGGAAAGUAGACUGAUA